AUUUGAUAACAAAUUUUUGAUUUUGAAUUUUUCUUAUCGUCAACUUUUUUUCAAGAAUUAAAUAUUAAUCGUUGGAUUAGCUUUAAAAAAUUAAUAAUUACUACCAAUCAGCGAUAAGUAUUCGUCAUUUUAUAAUGAAGCAAUUUGUUUUUUGAAAAUGUUUACGUUAGCGUAUGGUUUCUACAAAUACUGCACUCAGCGAGAAGAAUAUUGUGUACUCAUUUUAGGUAUCGACAAUGCAGGAAAAACAACAUACCUGGAAGCGGCCAAAGCGAAAUGUAAUCGUAAUUAUAAAGCCAUGAGUCCCAACAAAAUAACCACUACAGUUGGUCUGAAUAUUGGAAAAAUUGAUAUUGCUGGAAUAAGUUUGAACUUUUGGGAUCUCGGAGGUCAAGAAGAAUUACAGUCGUUGUGGGAUAAGUAUUAUGCUGAAUCUCACGCAAUUAUUUACAUUGUCGAUUCAAACGAUAGAGAUAGGAUACCAGAAUCCAAGGAAACAUUCGAUAAAAUGAUAUCCAACGAAAACUUAUCAGGUGUUCCGUUGCUAGUUCUGGCUAAUAAACAAGACAUUCCUCAUUGUAUGGGUGUUCGAGAAGUGAAACCAAUAUUCGAUAAAAAUGCCCAUCUAAUUGGCAGACGCGAUUGCAUGGUGAUGCCGAUUUCAGCAUUGAAUGGAGAUGGAGUAGAUGAAGGAAUUCAUUGGUUGGUGGACAGUAUAAAGAGAAAUAAAGACGUCCGUCCUCCCAGAAAUGAGAAUUUGUAAUUUUCUAUUUUAUUGUGAUAUGAAUUGGUUAGUUUAUUUGGAUAACCGAUGUAGAAUGUUAUUGUAUUAUACUAUGUUUUCUAGUGCGGUAUGUAGUAUAAUACCUACGUAUGAAAAUGUGAUUCAUAUUUUCUUUAUGCUACGAAUUUAUACAGGUUUUUAAAAAUUAUUGUAUUUUACGAGUUCCAUCUUGUUGUAUACAUACGUUUGUAUAUUCUUUAUUUCGUGUUAUUCGCGUGUGUAUUCAGUAUUGUAAUGUAAUGUAAUUUUAUUUUUGAUUUAUUAUCGGUUGGAUACUGAAUAGUAAAGGUAACUUCGUCACCGCUUGGUUGUUUCUGUUUCAUCUUUAAAUUCAUACAUCAAACACAUAUUUUGUUGCACGGUGAAAUCAAUAAGUCAUUUCAUUUCAUUCAAAGUUUUUUUGGUGUUUGGGUUAUGUUAAUUUCAACAUAAAUGUUCUUGAAUUUU